CAACAAAAUGCCCAGAAUCGUGCUGUUCUCUUAUCCUGGCUCUCCAUGGGGAGCUAAGGUGAUUAGUUAUCUCAGUCUUCGCGGGAUUGAGUAUUCGGAAUGUUGCCAACCCAUGACUUGGCCUCGGCCAGACCUGCAACUACUUAAUAUCCAAUAUCGCCGCAUUCCGUUCAUAUCAAUCGGCAAAGACAUUUACUAUGACUCGUCACUUAUCUUUGAGAAACUGGAGGCAUUGUACCCGCAGCAACCACUAGGCGCGAAGGAACCAUCAGGGAAAACGCUCGAAAAGCUCGUGGAAAAGUGGGCAGAGGGAUCCCUUCUGAACUCGGUUAUGAACUUGCUACCGAAGAGCUUGCCAUUUUUGUCGGACUCGAUAUUCCUCGCUGAUAGAAAAGAGCUCUGGGGCAAGGAAUUUAGUCCCGACGCUUUGGAGAAAGGCCUGACCAAAUCUUUGGUGGAGAUAAGGGAGCAUUUUGCUGUCCUUGAAAAUCUUCUCGGAGACGGAAGGCAGUGGUUGCUUGAUAGUGAGAAGCCCGGACUGAUCGAUAUACAUGCUGCAUUCUGUUUUGAUUGGAUAAUCAACAUCCCAGGAGCUCAGAUAAAUGAAUUUAUCUCAGCUAGUGCCUACCCAUUCACUUGGAGAUGGCUUGACAGAUACAGGCAUGCGAUCGCGGCAUCGCAAAAGCAAGGAGCAGCAAUAACCCAACUGACAGGGCAUGAUGCGACAAAUUUGAUACUGGAAUCUGAUUUCGCCGAGAGGGCAGUGACUGUAAUGGAUGAUCCUACAAGACUUCAAGAAGGCCAGGUUGUCGCUCUAUAUCGUAUCGACGAUAUGAGCUCCUCAGUCAAACAUCGUGACGUUGGUCGCCUGGUCGGCUUGACACCACAUGAGACUGUUGUUGCAAUCAAAGCGAAGGCAUCCGAUGUCGAAAUUCGAGUUCAUGCUCCACGCUGGCAAUUUGAGGUCGAAGUCGCUCUCUAAAUGAUUGGAUAAGGUGUUAGAAUUCUGAACCCUUUUGGCCACAGGUUGAACGACUGUGCGGAAGAGAGCGAACAGCCAUCAAUGACACAAAGAUGACCAUAGCUAGGCCUCGUCAUUGCUUUUUCGUUUCGGGUACCCAUGGGUUACCCGGAAACGCGCCAAGAACCCAGGGACUCAUAAAUUACGCAAUUUGAGAUGUGUGAUCUCGUCAUGUAUUGUAAUUGACGUUUAUAUUACAGUUAUCCUAUUUUCUUGGUGGAUUUGGGGUUGGACGUCGAAACCCAUUAAGCGAUUCGACGAGGUCUAGACCAGACCAUGGAAAUUUUCGGCGGGUUGAAAUGCGUUGUGCUCAGUACAGUAGCUGAGCUUGCAGAAGAGCUGUCAACUGUUUCUCUUUCCAGCGCUAUCUAUAUGGAAUGGAUUCUGCUGCAGUGUCACUAUUAUAUGUAAAUGGUACUCU